UGUUAGGAGCCGUUCGGGGCUGCAGUCGUGGCCGCCGAGUCCGCUUGGAGGACAAAAGAACAGAAUAAACCCGCUGAGUGGAACACCUGGUAAUACCGGAGAAAGGUUGCAGAGCCAUGAUCUGAUACGCUGACAUCUGCCUUUUCCUCACCAAAGCCAACCACGCAUGGCGCGUUGACCCUCACACAUGCUGCAAACUCACGCCGAGCAGCCAUGUCUCAGUCCGAAUCUAGUGCCAAGGUGUACGACUGGCUGAGCGCGCUUCACCUGGAGCAGUACGGCGAGGCGUUCCUAGAGGCCGGCCUGGCCACUUUACAGGAGUGCCAGAAUCUCACGGCAGGUCAGCUGGACCGCAUGGGCAUCACCCUUCCCGGUCACCAGAAACGAAUCCUGGCAAGCCUAAACAAAAUGACCGGUAGCUAUGAUGCGUACUCUAACCUUGUCACGCCUGAGAGAUCCGAGCAAACUUGCCAUCCGCAGGUUAUGAGGAAAGAGAGGCCCGUGCCUGUUCCUACGCAGAGAAAAGCCGGAGGCGAUAAAACGGACGGGGAGAUCAGAAGACCUACACCCAGGGAGAGAGACAAGCCAGUCCCCGCGGAGAGACACGUGCCCAGCAUACAAGAGAACAGCAGGGAAGAUGGAGAAAGCAAGCCCGUUGCUCUUCAAAGACACUCCGCUCCUGGAAGAGGAAAGGAGGAGGAGAGGAGUGGAAUGUCAGACGAGAAGAAGGCAAAGCCGGUACCAAAGGAGAGGACCAAGUUUCGUUCCAGUGCUCUGGUGAACUGUCGCUCUACAGCCGCUGUGUCUCCCCCACCUGACAGUUGUUUACCACCUGUCCCCCCACGCAGCACCCUCAACUGCCCCCCGCAGCGCUUCACCUCGUCCCUGAGCCCCUCGCCUCCUCUUCAGCACUCUGGCUCCUUGGAUUCGGACAGGAUUGCCGUCGCUCCUCCAGAAAUAAAGUGCCGAUCUUCAUCCCAGAGUUCCAUCCCCAUCAGCACCUUUGUUUCCACACAGGCACCCAUCCAAACCCCCAGCGUCCUGUCUACCCAAACUAGGCCUCAGACAUUACCCAUACAGCCGCUUACCCAACCUUUGGGUGGGGAAGUAAUGAGGAAAGCAUCACCCAUCCCCUCUGCCUCCUCUCCCAGCGAGGAGAAAAUCGUCCCACCGCUUCCUCCGAAAGUAGGAUGUAAGGGCCCGCCACCGAUCCCCCAGCGGGUUCCUCUAUCGUCUCCCAAAGCUCACAGCCCACCUCCAGCCGGGACAGGAACUGACGAGCUGACGGAGAAAGACCCCCCCACUCCACAGGUGCCACCUCGCAGCAAGACGCCGCAAAUGCAGGAGAACAGCCAACCGUCUGCUCAGCCUGAAGCUCUGUCUGCGAAGAGGAUCUCCAACCCUCCUCUCUUUGUUUCAGUCGAUGAUAGCUCUGAUGACUACAUGGAAGCAUUCCUGUUUGAAGGCAGUGUUCAGCAAAGGAAGGUGGCAGACAGGGACAUGUCCCUGCAGGUGCCUAAUCACAAAAAGGAGCGGGUCUGUUCUUUUUACAGUGAUGACGAGCUGUUAGAGGACGACCAAAGCUCCCCCCCUUGGCAGGAUGAUAGCAUCAGCGGCAAGCCUGGCAGCUUCUGUCUGCCUCACACCGGCAGACUGUCCACACCCAUUAAGGAGGACGGUUCCCAACUUUCUACUGUCAUCAAGAUGGGAUGGCUGGACAAGAAUCCACCACAGGGGGCUCUGUACUAUCAGAGACGAUGGGUUAAGCUGGAAGUUGACUAUCUAAGAUACUUUGAUAACGAAAAGGAGGUGUAUUCCAAGGGGUUCAUCUCAACGGCGUUUAUCACUAAUGUGUCCGCCGUCGGGGAGCUGAAGUUUGAGGUUGCCACGGACAACCGAACGUUUAUCUUCAGGGCGGAAAGCGAAAACGAAAGAAACGAAUGGGUGACUGUACUGUCGGACUGCACCAGGGGGCGCAAUCGCCAAAGCGCCUUGGGCCCAGGUUCACCGUUGGCCCCGGAAUACCAAGGCUACCUGGAGCUCAGAGGACUGCGAUCCAAACUUUACACUGUCGUUGCUUCAGAUAAAGUUUUCCUCUAUAAAAACGCAGAUGAUUAUCGUAUCGGAGUGGGAAUCACAUCCAUUGACAUGAACGUUGGCAAUGUGAAAGACUCGGAACGUCGUAGCUUUGAUCUCACCACACCUUACCGCAUAUUCAGUUUUAUAGCGGAGUCGGAGGCGGCGAGGGAGCAGUGGGUGAAAGCCAUGAGGGACGCCAUAGGAGAGGCGCUGUCCAACAGCGAGGUGGUGGAGCGGAUCUGGGCGGAGCCAAGCAACAGUUUGUGCGCCGACUGCUACGCGCCCAAGCCAGAGUGGGCGGCCGUCAACUUGUGUGUGGUGAUCUGCAAGCGAUGUGCAGGAGAACACCGAGGACUGGGUCCAAGUAUCUCUAAAGUUCGAAGUCUGAAGAUGGAUAAGAAGGUGUGGACAGAAGAGCUUAUCCAGGUUUUCCUCGGGCUCGGGAACGAGCGGGUGAACAGUUUCUGGGCCGCCAACAUCCCACCAAGUGAAGCUCUAUCGCCCUCUAGUUGCAGCGAAGACAGACGGCGCUUCAUCACUAACAAGUAUCGGCAGGGCAAAUACAGGAAAUACCAUCCGCUGUAUGGCAACCAGAGAGAGCUCAACAACGCCCUCUGCAUAAAUGUGCAGUGCAGUGAUUUGCUGGAGACGCUGAGCCUGAUUUUCUGCGGCGCAGAUGUGAAUUGUUCAACCGGCAUGGCAAGUUGUCCGUCGCCUGAGUCCCUGGCCAGCGCACACUCCCAACCCCUGCAGGCCGAGAUAAUCAGACACAACCUCAACACAGAGCUGCCUCAGUUACAGCUGGAGGGGGACAUGAACCUGGAACAUUACCAGCCACCGCCUUGUGUGUCUUACAAUGGCUUCCUGUACAAAACCGGGUCCAUGGCGCGGGCGGUCACCGAGCGCAAAGUGAAGGAGGAGUUCAGUCGUCGUUGGUGCACGCUAAACGACGGCACAUUUAGCUACUACGAAAGUGACAAGAACGCCACUCCUAACGGGACGCUGAAGGGGUCAGAGAUCGUCUGUUUGGCCGUGGACGCGCCUGAGAAACACGGGUUUGACUUUACCUUUGAGCUCUACUCGGAGUCCGAGCGCAUUUAUCUGUUCGGCACCGACGAUCCAGACAGCCAUAAAGAGUGGGUCAAGUGUAUCGCCAAGAGCUUUAUCCCAGCCACAGCAGAGCCUUUGCUGAGACUCAGCUUUGAGCGGAUUGGACGGCUGAGGUGCAAAGACGGCCUGAAUUUACAGAAGUCCAAGGUCGGCUGGUUCGCUCUGAUCGGCUCCACUCUUCACGUCUACCUGGAGAACAGCAAGGGAGAGGAGAUCCACCUGCGUAAACUCAACGAACUCUCAAUUCAACAGGACAGUGAGGUGUUAGUUCUUGUGGAGAAAGGCAGGACGCUGUAUAUCGAGGGAGAAAGGAAGCUGGACUUCUCCGGCUGGUGUGGAGCCAUCCAGGCUGCUGCAGGGAGCGGAGGAGACACGCUGAGCCAGCAGCAGCUCACAGACACCGACAUCCCCGUUAUAGUACUCAGCUGCAUCGACUACAUAACGCAGUGCGGUUUGACGUCGGAGGGAAUCUACCGGAAAAGCGGCGUGAACUCCCGCGUGGCGGCCUUGUGCGACAGGUUCCGCCAAGACGCUCGCAGCCUUCGCCUGAAGGAGGGGGAGCACCAAGUGGACGACGUCUCCAACACUCUCAAGCGCUUCUUCAGGGAGUUAAAGGAGGGGCUGUUUACGUCGGAGGAUGCAGGCAACUGGCUCAGCGCCGCCGCCGUUCAGGAUGAAGACGAGAAAAUCUCCAAGUACAAGGUCCUGUUGGACAGGCUCCCUCGCGUCAACAAGGCUACACUACAAGCCCUCAUCAACCACCUCUACUGCGUGCAGCGUUUCUCUGAACUAAACCAGAUGAACCUCCACAACCUGGCCAUAGUGUUCGGUCCCACGCUGUUCCAAACCGAUGGGAAGGACUACACGGCCGGCCGGGCCGUAGAGGACCUCAUACAGCACUACACACUCAUAUUUGAGGUGGACGAGCAGCAGCUGAACAAGCAGCUGGAGGAGAUCAAGGCCAUCAUUCAAAUGCGUGAAAAAUUCGGCAUCAAGUUUCCUUCACAUCAAAGAACGGAACACGACGGCCACUUCAUCUGCACCGUCUUUCUGGAAGAGGUGAACCCCGCAGCAGAGCAGCACGUAAAGGUUCCAGGUUCAAUGACGGCAGCGGAGCUGGCGUGCGAGGUUUUGGACCGGCGCAACAUUCCAGUCAAAGACAGGGAUUACUGGAGCUGCUGGGAGGUCUGCGACAAGGAGGAAAUGGAACGUCCGCUGCAUUACCAGGAGCGGGUCUUACCCAUCAUUCACUCUGCUGGCAACGAUUCCCAUCUGCUCAUCAAGAAACAUCCUGCUAUGGAGACCAUGAGGAUCUACCUUGCCACUAAACUGGACGUCUCCAAGCACGGGAUGAUGAAGUUCAGAGAAGAGCGAAGCAUCCUGGGUUUGGGGCUGCCCACUGGAAGUUUCCACGACCGGUUUUUCAUUCUCAACGUCACUUCUCUCAGAAUGUACAAGGAUGUUAGAAGUCACCGUUCAGAUCGGGAAUGGCCGGUGAAAAACUUGAAGAUUUACUUGGGAAUCAAGAAAAAGCCCCGUCCUCCUACAUGUUGGGGUCUGACGGUUGUGUAUGAGAGCAAGAAACAAGAGAAGCCAGAGAGGCACCAGUGGUAUCUCUGCUGUGAAACCCAGUCGGAAAUGAGGGAGUGGUACGCUACAUUUCUUAGUAUUCAGUACGACGGCGACCUGUGGCCGCAGGACGGACUCCAGCAGAACCGGGUGAGCCGCCGCGCGCUGCCGGACACGCGUCACGGUAACGUGUCACUGAUCCCGUUGCGUGGCAGUGAGAAUGAGAUGCGGAACAGCGUAGCAGCUUUCAGCCAAGACGCGCUUGCUCUCUUUAGAGAUGUGCGAUAACGCUCACAGCGAUGGCAACAGCAAGGUAGGACGGAGGAGCUCAUCGGACGACACCUGAAUAUUCCACCAACGUCCGCGUCCGCCGAUCGUCUGGAGCGGAGCGAUAAACGCUCAGAGAGCACGGACUCGUCGUUUUUAAAUGUGAACUUGCAGCUCCACCCGACAGGACCAGAAAUAAGUAAAUAACCUGUAAAUCAACAGCAGGACCCUGAGAGAAUCCCAUCCUGCACCGCUGUCCACUCACAGAUGCAUUUUACUGGAUGGAUGCAUGGAUGGAUGCAUGGAUGGAUGGAGUGUUGGCAUUAUAAAAGGACCACAAAACCACAAAGUCUUCUCCAGCCUGUCGUGCAGCAGGUUGCAUUAUUUACUGGAGUAAAAAAAAAAAGACACUGCAGAAACGCACAGACUUUAUUCCUCCAGUGGAUUUGUUCCAGGAAGUCUUAUAGGCUCAAAGUUAUUUUUGGCACCAAAACUGAGUGCUUAAACUUUUCUUUUGUUUUUGUUUUUUUACUAAAAGUUAAAUCUUUUGUAGCUGAAUCAGUUUUUUUAAAAAAAUCACUUUAAAUAUGAUUGCUUUAGAAAUCAGCUAUUUAAUUAUGCAGCAGAGAGCUGAGCAGUGGCCUGUAAAGGAAAGCUGGAGACCAGAGGAGGUUUGCGAUCGGAUUUCUCCCGGCACCGGGACUCAAACAUGUCCGCCGACGGACCGCCGUCUGCUUCCCUGCUGGAAAUCUGUGCAACAGCUUGAUCGAAGUUGUCCUCUUCUGCUGAAACUGAUCGUUUGUAGCAUAGUAGCUUCAGGGUUGCUAAGGUAUGUCUGUCCUUAAAAAUAAAAGCAGAAACAACAGUUUUUAGCAACAUUGGGUAAACCGUAAGAAAAGUAAAGAAGUACCUGAUUUGUUGAUAUUAUUCUAAGACGGAUAACUUUAGAGCACCUUAAUUUUUAUUUCUAAAACAUACUUAUUUAAGCCAGAAGUUGUUUAGUUUCUGUGUCAGCUGUCUCGUUCGUCUCUCCUGGUUCUUCCUAUUGCCUGUGUUGCAUUGAUGAGACUUUUCUCAUUAACCGGCAGUAUUUCUGAAGGUGUAGAUCACAAUUGUAUUACACUUAAUUUAACAAAUGUCUUUUUUUUUCUUGUCCAUUCUGAUCAACGUGGGAUGUUUAUGUGUUUUUACUGUUUGUGGCAAACGUCUAAAACCCUGUUCAGCACACAAAACGAAUUAAAAUGCACCGCAGUGUCUUAUUUAAUA